AGAAGUAAGAGUGGGAUGAACAAUUUUUGUUUUCAAUAGUGAAUAUUUGACCCCUAGAUUUUUUUAUUCUAAGAAUUGGAAUCUUGUGAUAGUGAAUUACUCUUAAUAGUGAGAAGUUAUUUUUUUCUUCAAAUAAAACGUAUUUUGUUAAAAGAAGGUUUCUAUUCAUUCUAACAUUUGUAUUUAAAUAUUCUUAACUAAAAAUUUUACUUUUAAGAAAUUUCGCUCUUUCGUUGUCAGUCUGUUAUUUCUACAUUAAAUAUUAUCAUGUUCCAAGCUACUUAAAUUCCCUUUGUUUUUCUUAACCUAAUCCGUCGAAAUUCCGUUUAUGACAGGAUAAACAGGUACAUUCCACAUGUUUUUCAUAAAUAGUAUGUCUCAUCCACAUCUCUGAUGCUUUCAGUUAGAGAGACAGAAAAAAUAUGGAAACCUGGACAAAGAAACGACGUUUGGCUUCUGAGCCUGUUAUAGCAGUAGAAAAUUCUGUAAAGAAAUUGAACAAAACAAUGUAUUGUUGGGGGUGUAAUAUACAUGGGGAAUUGGGUUUGGAUGGUACAGAAGAUGAAAUCAUUUUACUUCCUCAUGAAGUUGAUUUUGUAAAAGCUGGAGAAGUUGAGCAAAUUGCAUGUGGUGAGAAUUACACAGUAGUUGUUACUAAAGAUGGUCAAAUAUAUUCAUGUGGAAAUAAUGAUUAUGGCCAACUCGGUCAUAACAAGGAGACAAGAAAAUUACAGCUGAUAGAUGCCCCUGGUUUAGAUGCAUUUGCAUUUAAAAAAGUAGCUUGUGGAGCACAUCACACAUUAGCAAUAAAUGAAUGGGGCCAGUUAUUCAGUUGGGGCUCUAAUGUAAAAGGUUUAAAUUCUGAAACUAUUAUGGAAUGUACACCACGUAUAGUAAAAGCAUUAGGUACAAGCGUAAUUGUACAAGUAGCUUGCGGUAUGAAGCACACCAUUGCAUUAACAAAUAAUGGUGAAUUGUAUAGUUGGGGUUGCAAUAAAGAAGGUCAACUUGGAUUAGAUGCAGAUGUUAAAAACGAAUUGAAGCCUAAACUUGUUAACAGUCUAGAAGGCAUUCCUAUUGUUCAUAUCGCUUGUGGAGGAUAUCACAGCAUAGCUAUAUCAAAAUCAGGAAGUGUAUUUGCAUGGGGUAAAAAUUCAUUUGGUCAGUUGGGCCUAAAUGACACUCAAAACAGAAAUGUUCCAUGUCGAUUAAAAACACUACAGAAUACAAAAGUGUGUUAUGCAGCCUGUGGGGAAGAAUUCUCUGUAUUUUUAACAGUUGAUGGCGGAGUAUUCACUUGUGGUGCAGGAAUGUGUGGUCAAUUGGGACAUGGAAAUAAUUCAAAUGAAAUUUUACCACGACAAAUUAUGGAGCUUAUGGGUAGUACAGUCACACAGAUUUUAUGUGGAAAAGAACACACAUUGGCAUUAGUAUCGUCACAAAGUAAAGUUUAUGCAUGGGGAUUAGGUGUGACAGGACAAUUAGCUACACCUCAAGUGGUGCAAGGUCCAUGGGUCACAUCCAAAGCUUCUGCGAUGAUGGAUUCAGAUAAUGAAAUGCAUUCCUCUCAAACUGAAUACAUCGUUAGACAUAUUUUUACUGGCAGCAAUCAUUGUUUUGUAACAGUAGUUCCAAAAAAGGAUAAUAUACAACCAGAUGAUUGCAGAAAAUUAGAAUCAUCUUAUAAAAUUCUUGAAAUAACUGAGGACCAAUUGUUGGCAUGUCAACGUUUACCACCAAGCUCGCCUGUCGAUCAUGAACUUAUGACAUAUUUGGAGACAGUAUUUAAAAGUCAAGCUUGUGUGAAUGGAUCGUUCUCACUUAAUAAUGAUCAUCACUAUGGAUGUUCUAUUAAACAACAUGGUGUGAAUCUCAAUGAAGCAAGUAGAUCAUUUGGAAUCAUUAGAGAAUUGGAUAAUAGCACAAUUCAAGAACUGAUAUUUACUUGCAUAUCAGACAACUUGAUUCCUUCCUUUGUUAAUUCAUCACUCAGACUACAUUGUCCGGAGUCUUUAAGAAUCUGCUUAAUAUUACCUUUGUAUCACGGUUUUGUAAAUCCCCUUAAUUAUAAUCUAUUGCAUAAACCAUUUUGCAAAGCUGUUUUAGCAUUAAAACCAGAGAUUCUUGAAAUUGUAUGUCAAUGGUGGAUCAAAGCACCGUCACAUUAUUUUGAGAGAUUGGUGAGAAUUCAUAAAUCAGUCGUUUUGCAUUACGUGAAACAAUCUACUCCAAACAAGGGAGUGUUGUGGGACAAUACAUUUCAACUUAUAUUAGAUCUUUUACAUUUAUUGAAUAAAUUAAAUAAUGAAGGUGAAGAUGGUAACAUAGUACCUUACUCUACGUUUCAUUUACCAGAACUAGUAGACUUUGUAGAUAUUAGAAGCGACUAUGUAAAAUGGGUAUCAGAAAAGGGAUCUUAUUCUUCCCAGAAAGUCUUUUGCCGCUAUCCGUUUCUUCUUGAUGCUCAAGCCAAGACCAUACUACUCGAAACAGACCAAGCUAUUCAGAUGCAAUCAGCAAUGAAUGAAGCUGCGACUCGUGCAGUAAUGAAUCAAAUGUUUUUCGACCCAUUUUCUAUAAAUACUAGUGAACAUAUACAAUUUGUAAUGUUAAACGUUUCACGUGAGAGAAUAGUUGAAGAUACAUUGAUUGAAUUGUCUCAUUAUGAUUCCAGUGACCUAAAGAAACCUCUUCGAGUAAAAUUUCAUGGUGAGGAAGCAGAGGACCAAGGUGGAGUUAGAAAAGAAUUUUUUAUGCUUUUACUGAAAGAAAUUUUAGAUCCGAAAUAUGGAAUGUUCAAGCAGUACGAUGAAACUAGAGUAAUCUGGUUCAGCGAAGAUUCAUUUGAAGAUGAAAACAUGUAUUUUCUAAUUGGCGUUCUUUGUGGACUGGUUAUUUAUAAUUUUAUUAUUAUCGAUCUGCCGUUUCCAUUAGUUUUAUAUAAAAAAUUGUUACACGAACCAGUCGCACUGAUCGAUAUAAAGGAGAUGUCCCCAGUUCUUGUUAAGAGCAUGCAAAGUAUAUUAGAUUAUGAUGAGAUGGACUUUGAAGAUGUUUUUUGCUUGAACUUCGAAGUAGUCAGAGAAGCAUUCGGCGAAAAAAGAAUAUAUGAACUUAUACCAGACGGUAGUAACGUUCCUGUUACUUUAAAAAAUAAAAAACAGUUCGUAGACUUGUAUGUAGAUUACAUAUUAAAUAAAUCAGUGGAACGCCAUUUUAAAGAGUUUUACAAAGGAUUUCAUAAAGUCUGCGGUGGUCGAGUGUUAGAAUUAUUUCACAGCUAUGAGCUAAAGGCCGUAGUAGUAGGAAAUGAGGAUUAUGAUUGGGAAGAAUUAGAAAAGAAUACUACAUAUAAAGAAGGCUAUACGAAAAAUGAUCCUACUAUUGUACUGUUUUGGCAAGUGUUUCGCGAAUUGUCUUUAGAGGAGAAGAAAAAAUUUUUAUUAUUUUUAACUGGAAGCGAUAGAAUACCUAUACAGGGCAUGAAAGCGAUCACGAUCACAAUACAACCGUUGAACGAUGAACGUUUAUUGCCAAUUGCUCACACGUGUUUUAAUUUGCUUGAUCUUCCACGGUAUCAGACUAGAGAAAGACUACGAUACAAAUUACUACAAGCCAUACAACAAACCCAUGGAUUUUCUUUAGUGUAAAACUUUCGCUUUAUAUCUUAUUUGAUACAUUUUGUUUAUAACACACGUGCAUAAUACAAAGUGAACAAAAAACUGAAGCGUGUAAAAUUUUUAAAAGUUGUAUAUGCACAUUAGAAAAAAGAACAGAUUUAUAUUAGUACUAUUCUAUUUUCCUGUGUUUCAAUUAAUUUAUUAUACUGUUUAAUAGGAAACUAUAAUGUGCACAAUGUUUGAAAUAGUAGCAUUGAACACCUUACGAUAUUCUUACGGAAAUAUUAAUUUGAAGUAACAAAAUCUGUUUGAAAAAGAAAUUAUUAUGCACGUCAUGGUUAUUUAAAUACAAUGUUUUCCGAAUUAUAUAGAAAAUUUAUUAAUAAUUAAUUUUGAUAACUUAGUUUUUAUAUUAUCACGGUAAUACAUUUAACCUUGAAGAUAAGAUGAACUCAGGGAAAAUUGUUAGUAACUAAACUAUAAUCAAAGAUGAUAUUUGUAAAAUAUAACUAACAAGUUAUUUUAAACAAGAACUAUCAUUACCCUGAAUGUAAAUUUUAAAAGUUUAUUUAAACAAUUGUGUAAAGAAGUGUUUAAUGGUCGAUUUCCAGCAUUUAUUUAUUGAAUAAGCGAUUAAAGAUAUUUUAAUUCCUUAUUUACUGAUAGACAGGUACUAAGCAAGUGCAAAAAUGUGAUUUUUUAAGUGUGUUGGGCACUGAUCUAGGGAUUUUAUUAAAUAAUAUAAUAUCUAUAUUCAAAAUUAUGCUGUACAGAGAAAUAAAGUUUUUGAAACUGACUU